UGUUUGCAUUGGUGUGCUCGAGAAGUAAUUGUGGACGAAACCUGAAGAAAAAUAAUUGUUUCGUACGAUUUCUUGUUUUUUUAUUGAGUGGGUUUCGUUCGCGGAUGUACGUUGUAUUGUACUGAUAUUUUAAAUAAAACCAGAUAUUCCGUGGAUAAGCCUUUUUGCUGAAACAAACAGGCAUAGGAAUUUGUUUCGAUUCGUUAUCACGAGAAAAUUUUGUGUGGGUUUAAUUGAGUUCCUCGUGCGCUUGACAGCCGGCAAGCAUCAAAUUGAACGAAGUGGAAGAGUGCUCUUGGUGGUAUUGGUGCAAUUAUCGCUCGGGCAGGCAGUCAGCAAGAAAGUGUCAAAUUUUGUCCAAAAAUUUCAUUCUUGCUGCGGAAUCGACGCUGCGUCGUGGGAAGUUUUUCCGUCAACCCAGUGUUACCGAGAUUAGUUUAAAAGUGCGUAAGAAUGUUGCAGAAAAAGUCAACUGGCGGAGGAUUGUACGAUCCAAUGAUCAUUCCACGCGUUAAGCAGUACCUGGAGGAAAAUGUUCAUCAGACUUAUGUGGAUGUCGGAGUAAUGGCUCGCGAGUUGCAGGAGCGCUAUCGGGAAUACACAAGACGAAAGGCCGUCCCGUUUCGAAUGCUGGUGGAACAAGCAUACAAAACAGUACUGCACAGCUACGGAUUGGACAGCAAUCCUUCCAGUGAAAAUGAGGAAGACGGCAAUUCGGAUCUAGAAGUGAUGGAGGAAGGCCCAGGCAGUAACGCUAAUCACAUGAAUGAGACACUGACGAACAUGUAUAUGAACAACAAAAAUAAACCUACGAGCGGCGCGGCCGUAUCCGCUGGAGGUGGAAAUGAUGGAGAAGCGAUUGACAUCAGCAGUGAUGAGGAUGAUGAAGGUGGAAACUCGCGGGAUAAAGAAAAGGCCGUUUCGACAACGAGUGACAGAAUGAAACUGAUUGAAACUCAAAUCGCGUCCAACAAGCAUAUAACGGUAACAAAAGUGAUCCGAGCAGAAAAACCCAGAUCUGGUGACGAAGCAGUUGAUUCCAGCAACGGUAGUACCAAUGGUCCUCGUAAAGCCUCCGACCCGAUGCAGCUGCAACAGCCCAAACGUCGUCGUUUGGAGCAGGGAAAUAUGCCACAAAAUUCCGAAAUCAGCAAUAGUUCGAAUCCGUUGUUCCAGCACCUACAACCAGCUGCUCAACCUCAUUCGAGACCGGUGUCACAGAACGAAAAAGGUAUGGCAUCCAGACCGGAACCGGGACCACCUGCCAAUAAUCUUCGUUCCAAGCGAUUCAAGAAAGAAGUUUGCGCUCGUUUCAUCGAUACGAACUUUGACGAUAUCGGCGGAAUGGAUCGGAUUUUGCGUGAGUUGUGUGAGCUACUGUUGCACGUUAAACAUCCCGAAGUUUAUCGUCAUAUUGGCUUACCACCACCGCGAGGAUUCUUACUGCACGGACCUCCUGGAUCGGGCAAAACUCUGCUGGCUCAAGCAAUCGCUGGACAAUUGAAAAUAGGGCUAAUCGAAGUUCCUGCUACGGAGCUUGUCGGCGGAAUUUCCGGAGAAUCGGAGGAACGCAUUCGAGAAGUUUUCGAACAGGCAGCAGUUCUUUCACCCUGUGUCUUAUUCAUUGAUGAAAUUGACGCCAUCUCUUCGAAUCGCCUGAACGCUCAGAAGGACAUGGAACGGCGUAUCGUUGCCCAGCUGCUGAGCAGUUUGGAUGGUUUACCCAAGUUGGAAGGAGGUGACGGAGUUCUGGUCAUCGGUGCCACUAAUCGUCCCGAUGCACUCGAUCCGGCAUUGCGUCGUGUUGGGCGCUUCGAUCAGGAAAUUUCUCUCGGUAUUCCGGAUCGGGAAGCGAGAGCACAAAUUUUGAAGAUCAUUUGUCGGAACCUCAAAAUCGAACAGUCGAUUGACUACGAUGAGCUGGCCAAACUAACUCCUGGCUAUGUCGGAGCGGAUCUGCUGGCUUUAGUUACACGGGCGGCGACUACCGCUAUUAAGAGGAUGCUCACAGAACGCGAAAGGCUGCAAAUGAUUGCCGAAGCUAAGAGACAAGUUGAACUGGAAGUUCUCCGGCGUAAGAAGGGAGCUGAGGUGCCACCGAAAAAGGACGACGAUGAUGACGAUGUUGCCAUUAUGGACGUCGAAGAUGUUCCGCAAACAGUAACCGCUGCCCAGGGUAAUCUGAAUGGCGAUGUUUCAGCGGAUGACGUCGUUGCCUUGGAAGAUGACGUCGAAGAAGUGGUCAACUUGGACGACGACAAAGAUGAGGCACCGGAAGCGAAGGAAGCCGAAAAGAAAGAGUCUCAAGGUGAUGAUAAAACGGCUGAUGCUGUGAAAGAUUCGGAACAGGUGCAGGUGGUACAGAAGGAGGAAGAAAAGAAGAUUGAGACAAAGGAAGCUGAUGAAGCUGUUGGUGGUGAGAAGAAAGCAGCACCGGAUGCGGGAGAAGCACAGGCAAAUUCUGCUGAAGCUAAACCGGCAGAGGUUGAAAAGAUGGAUGAUAGCGAGGCUACGGACGAAUUGAAGUCGAAAGAAGCGGACAAACAGUCGGAUGGGGCCAAAUCUGGGGAGUUGAAUGAUGAUAUUGAGAUGGUUGCCGACAGUAGUACUUCCGGAGAUAAAGUUGAGGCACGGGAAACAACCUCAUCCAGUGAAGUUGAAAAGGCACCGGCAGAAACCAGUGCAGCCGAAGACAAUGCUGAGGUGGUUUCAAAUAAUGUGGAAAUCGAUGAACCGUUGUGCGAAGACAUGGAAUCAGACCCACUGCCUCCCGCCGUUCUGACUUUAGAUAAAUUGCUGAAUCUGCUGCUGGACCACAGCAAUCCUCUACCGGACGAGGAAUUGGAAUGCCUAAGCAUUGAACGGGACGAUUUCAUUCAAUCGCUGAAAUCCGUACAACCGUCGGCCAAACGGGAAGGUUUUAUAACUGUGCCGGAUGUAACCUGGAACGAUAUCGGUUCUCUGGGUGACAUCCGGGAGGAGCUGAAGCUGGCAAUUUUAGCCCCGGUGAAAUUCCCGCAACGUUUGAAACUUCUGGGACUGAAUACACCUUCGGGGGUGCUGCUCUGCGGUCCUCCCGGUUGUGGUAAAACCUUACUCGCAAAGGCAGUUGCCAACGAAGCUGGAAUCAAUUUCAUUUCCGUGAAGGGACCAGAGUUGUUAAAUAUGUACGUCGGUGAAUCGGAACGUGCAGUCCGCCAGUGUUUCCAGCGAGCCCGUAAUUCUGCUCCGUGUGUAAUCUUCUUCGACGAAUUCGAUUCGCUGUGUCCGAAACGGUCGGACAGUGCGGAAGCCGGUGCCGGUACGCGUGUCGUCAAUCAGCUGCUUACCGAAAUGGAUGGCAUCGAAGACCGGAAGGGAGUGUUUCUGAUGGCAGCCACAAAUCGACCGGACAUUGUCGAUCCGGCCGUGCUUCGUCCCGGUCGACUGGACAAGAUUCUGUACGUGGGACUGCCGGACGAACCGGAUCGGGUGGAUAUACUGAGAGCGCUUACCAAGGAUCGUACUCAACCUCCGCUGGCCGACGAUGUCGACUUGAGCAUCAUCGCCCGAUUGACGGAAGGUUUCACCGGUGCCGAUCUGGCUGGACUCGUGCGGCAAGCCUCGUUACAAACUCUCAAGGACUCGAUAGCUGCUUGCAGCAGCGAAGACAAUAGUUUAGCCGAUUCGGAGGAACUACUCAAGGUGGGACUGGUCCACUUCAAAGAAGCGAUACGUGGCAUCAAACCUUCCGUCAAUGAAGAGGACAAGAAACACUACGAACGGUUGAAGCUUAAAUACGGAACACCAGCAGCGCAAUGAGCACAUUGUAUCCAAUAUAGCAUUUUAAGGGCAGGAUUUAGCAUUUUAUCAAUUAAGAAUCAAAACACUGAUACAAAUCUUACUACUCGUAGUCAGAAGCAGUUAAUUCCCUAAAUUAACGAUUAUUCUUAUUCGAGAUGUAGAAAGCGUAGUUUUUGUUUCCGCUGUCUCCGGAAAACGAAACAACCUAGUUUAUUACAAACUAAGCCACUGGACGAGCCUCGAGCAUUAAAAUGUAUUUAGAUGAUUAAAAACACUUAUUCAGAACGCAGGUCCUUCAAUCCCCAAGAAUUGAUUCUUGUUUAAGUACAUUACUACUAUAUUGAAGAUAAUUCUGUUUUGUGAACACAGAUAUUUGUAUCUCUGGAACAAACCGAUUUUGGUAUUUCGCUUGAGAUUCUGUAAGAAAAAAUAGAACUAUACGGAAACACUGAACUACAGGACACAAAAGUAUGUAACAGGAAAUAAAUACCUUGGAGUCUA